UUUUUUUUUGAGAUUAUCCAUAUUUAUGUCUUAUCGCCUGCUUUUCUCUAGUUAAUUUUACUUGUUUUACUCGUUUAUUCACUCAGGUUUUUUUUGUCUAAUUGUUUUCUUUUUUCUUUUGCUCCUUUUUUUUCUUUUAUCCUCCUUUUAUCGAUUGUGUCAUUACUAAAUUCAAUUUCAUUUACUAAAUUAUUUUUUUUAUUUGUUUAGUUUUCAUCUAUCACCACAAAUCUUCUUUUUCAUAAUUGUAUCCAUAAUUAUCAUCAAGAUUGAUACUACUAACAAUAAUAUAAUUAUUUAACUUCAAAUGAUUUCCUCCAAGAAUAAAGAUAAAGAUCAAAACUCCAACUCAAAUCCUGAUCAAAUUCCUGAUCGAAAUCCUGAUUCAAACCCUGAUUCAAAUCCUCAAGAAACCUCUUUUUUACAUUUAAAUUCUCUACCUUCCCCCUACCUUUCUUCUCCUUCUCCUACCUUAUCCAUACUCUCUUCAUCUCCAAAUCAUUCUCAAUCUCCAACUCCAAUUCCUUAUUCGGUGCCUAUGAAUUACAUUACAAAAUCGGAUUUUAACAACACCCUCAACAAAAAUUUCCAUCAAAAUAGCAAUGACGAUAAUCAAUCAAACUCAAGCCCUUCAUUAGUCAUUCUAUCUAAACAAAACUCUCAAAAUAACCAAGAUAGUCACAGUAAUGACGCCGAGAAUCUUGAUUCUCUCGAUAAUGCCUGGUCCUUGAUUCUCACUGAUGAUGGUCUGGAAUUGGACGAUAUCUCUGAUAACAUUAACUCCACCCUACCCCAAAAUAAUAAUAUUUUAAAAAAUUUAGAAAAUAUGGAAAAUUUGGGAAAAAGCGGAAAAAGCGGAAAAAUCAAAAAAAAUGAAAAAAACGGAAAAAUUGAUAACAAAAAAUUAAAGAAUCCUAUCUCGGAUAUAAACAGUUCCGACAGCAAUGAUAACAAUAUUAUUUUAUCUGACUGGGAAAUUGAAGAAAAUUUCAAAUCGGAUUUACUUCAUAUUGAUAAUUCUAUUGAUUCUCAAAUUUUAAAUUCUCAACUAAUCAACAGCGCUAGUAACAUCAAAAAUCCUAAUAACAUCAACAACCCCGAUAACACUGAUCAAUCAACUUCAACCUUGAAAAACUCGUUAUCUCAAUCUUUUCCCAACUCAAUGUCAAAUUCAAUGUCAAAUUCAAAUCCCUUAUUUGAUUCAAACUUGACUUUUCCCAAAUUAUCAAUCUUAAGAUCCUCCCCAUCUCAAUCUUCUUCAUUCAUAAAAACUAAUGAAAAGAAAAUCACAAAUCCAAUCGCAAAAUCCAAUUCAAAAUCUAAUUCAAAAUCCAAUUCAAAAUCCAAUCCAAAAUCCAAUCCAAAAUCAAGUUCAGCUCCUAUACCCAAUUCUGAUAAAAAAACAUUGUUAUUGAAAUUAAAAUCUGAAAAUUUAUUUAAAAACUUAUUUAAAAACAGAAAUAAAAGAGAUUUGGGUUUAUCUUACUGGCAAAGAAGAUAUCGUGACAAACCUAUUAAACGUCAUACAAAUUCGUCUACCACAAACGUUUUCGAAUCUAUUUGUGAUUUCGUUCGCUCUCUAGUUCUAUCCGUACUAAUCGUAAUUGCUUUUACUUAUGGAAACUAUAUUUUUAAUCAACAUUAUCCAAAUUCCUUCUCCACUACUGUUAUUGAUCAAUCCUCUUCUUUACUCAAGGAUAUCCAGGAUUGUGCUUCUGAUCUCGAACAUUGUCUUUUAAUUCCAAUUGAAACUCAAUUUGAAACUAGAAUAUCGACAGAAACUCAAAUCAAAACGAAAUUAUUAACAGAAACUUUUACUCAAAUUUCCGUUCACACUUCCGUUUCUGUUAACGUUAUUGAACAUACUCAAGUCCUAACUAAAACCGAAACUGAAACUGAAACUGAAUUUAUUACUCAAAUUCACUUGAAAACUCAAACUCAAACAGAAACUGAAUAUCACACUAAAACUAAAACUAAUACUCAAACUAAUUAUGAAAUUAGUUAUACAACACAGACUGUUGAGUUACCUGCGGAGACUAUCAUCAUUGAUAGGUCAACUAAUCCCUUUUAUUCAACUGAUUUCAAUUUUAAUUUCAAAAAAUUUAUUCAUAAUUUUAAUAAUAAAUCAUUCAAAAGUUAUGAUAAUGCAAAAUCUGAUUUAAUCAAAAAUUUCCAAAAAGCUUCGAAUCUUUCAAAGUUUUUAAUUACAAAUAAUAUCGAGAAAAACUCAAAUAAAAAAUUCAACUCGACUGAUUUGCUAUAUCUAUUAGAUCAUAUUAAUCCCGCCAACAUUAAUCAUUAUUUGAAUCUUUCUGAUGCAUAUAAAAUCUUAAUCGAAUUACCCGGAUCUGUUUGCGUUUUAUCAAAUUCAUCAGACUAUGGAAAAUGUGUUCAAAAUAUUAAAAAGAAUUAUAAAAGAUUCAAAAAAGAUUCAAAAAAGAAAUUAGAUGGAUCAGUUCCCUUCUUUUCUAAGGAAUUUAAAAAUAUCAAAUCUUUUGCUGAUAAAUCGAUUAAAAAUGUUAAUGAAAAAUUAAGUGAAAAUUAUGAAAAGCUUAAAGUCGACAUUAAUAAAGUGCCUACAAAUGAAAUUCAAAAAGUCACAGAGAAUUUUAAGAAAAAAACAAAAAAGGCUAGUUUAUCAGCUGGAUAUAUCAUGAAAAAAUAUUUUAGAAAUUAAUCAUUUUUUGAAUGAUAAAGAGUCAAGAUUUAUGGAUUUUUUUAUUUUUUUUAUUAUACCUCGUAUCCCCUUUCUUAUCUAUAUCUAUCACGUAUUUGUUUAUUUUUUUUCCAUUUGACAAAGUCAAAUUAUUUUAUUUUAUUUUAUUUUAUUGAAUUUUUUACCAAUUUAGUUUUAGUUCCCUUUUUUCAAAGUUGAUUAAAUUUCAAUUUUUUUCUAAUUAUUUUUAUUUUAUUUCCUAUCUUUGUUGGAGAUUUUGAUACCAUUUGGUUUUAAAUAAUUAUAUUAUUUUCAAUCUAUUUUCAACGUGAAAGUUUAUGGUUUUUUAAGUGGUUAUUUUAAAUUAUAAUGAUAAUGAUGAUGUUGAUUU